AAUUCAUCCCACUAUUUCUGAAAUCGCCAGUACAUACGAAAUUACAACACUUCCCGACAACACUAUCAACUCUGAAGCAAAAGUCAGCCGACGACAACACAAAUCAAUCACGUCUUAAUCUCAUUAAUCUAUCCAUAUACCAAUAACUCACCAACGUGGAAUAUUUUCAGCAACUUCGGUCUUUUAAUAUCAUCAACGAGUCAUCAUGUUGGAGGCACGAUUAGAACAGGCUCAGAUCCUGAAGAAGGUGGUGGAUUCUAUCAAGGAUUUGGUGCAAGACUGCAAUUUCGAUUGCAAUGACUCAGGCAUUGCGCUCCAAGCUAUGGACAACUCUCACGUCGCUCUCGUGUCCAUGAUGCUGAAGGCCGAGGGAUUCUCUCCCUACCGAUGCGACCGCAACAUCGCUCUCGGCGUGAACUUAGUCUCCCUUACCAAAGUUCUCCGCGCUGCACAGAACGAAGAUAUCCUAACUCUGAAAGCCGAAGACGCACCCGACUCCCUCAACCUAGUCUUUGAGAGCAGCGAGAAUGACCGUAUUAGUGAAUACGAUUUGAAGCUUAUGGACAUCGACCAGGAGCACCUCGGUAUCCCCGAAACAGAGUACGCGGCCACAAUCUCUAUGCCUUCCGCGGAAUUCAGACGCAUCUGCACCGACUUGAUGGCUAUGUCUGAAUCAGUCACCAUCGAUGCUACCAAGGACGGCGUCAAGUUCUCCUGCAACGGAGAUAUCGGCAACGGUGCUGUCACCCUCCGAAGCCACCAGAAUGUCGACAAGCCUGAACUCAACAUCGACAUUGAGCUCACCGAGCCGGUUGGCCUGACAUUCUCUCUUAAGUACUUGGUCAACUUCUGCAAGGCCCAAGCUUUGUCGAGCACCGUCAAGAUCUGCUUGUCUAACGAAGUGCCUCUCUUGGUGGAGUAUGGACUGGCUGGUAGCAGUUUUCUGAGAUUCUAUCUUGCACCAAAGAUUGGUGAUGAGGAAUAAUGGGUUAAAAUAACGGAACAUAAUGAAUGUUAUGAUAAUACCACGUCGGCAGGAGCAAUUAGCGAGUUAGUUACGAAACUUGCUUGCGGAAUACUCGUGGUUAUGGAAUGGAUACGAAUGCAUUCAGCAUGGAAGACAACGGUCUGCAUUUACAGUUAUAAGACCUUUUGUCGUGCUAGGUGCCUAUGCAGUACUUCCCUUCGAGUUUCCAGGUAAUUGACUCGGAGUAAUAUCUGGCCUGCGGCUCUAAUUUACGUUUCUUUUCCCUACCCCUUUUCACGUGGCCCCUAAAUCCUAAAUUGUACGAUUGGAGGUAAUAUUGGUAUAAGUUGUAGGAAGUGGAGCUUGUGAGUAUUGAAAAUUUAUGUGGGUCUUCUGCGGGGCUAUCCGCGAUGGCGGGGCACGUUGAUAACCUUAGGUAAAGUUUCAAUUGCAGAUCUGGGAUAGACCCUUCGAGAAAAGAGU